UUCUUUUCCCCCAGUACUCUCUGUCUUCUUUCUUCCAGUGACUCCAGGCUGAGAUCAAGGAUAGGAUGCUGUGCCUCAGCUCCCUGUCCACGCUCCUCCUCCUGCUCCUCCUCUAUCCUGCUCCUCUUUCGGCCCAGGAGGUGCUUGUGCGACUCGCAGGUGUAGGUCGACGCAGUGCUAAUGAGGGGCGUGUAGAGGUGUUCUAUAACGGAGCAUGGGGGACAGUGUGUGAUGAUGAAGUGGAUCUUAAUCUAGCCAACGUGCUGUGCCGACAGCUGGGCUUUAAACGCAGCUUUACUUGGGCACACAGUGCCAAGUUUGGUGAAGGACAAGGUCUCAUCUGGUUGGACAAUGUGCGCUGCAAGGGCACGGAACAAUCUGUUGCAGAAUGUCGUUCCAAUGGCUGGGGAGUCAACGACUGCACCCAUGCUGAGGACCUGGGGGUCGUCUGUAGCCCAGAAAGAAGACCUGGGUCUCCCCCUGUUUCCUUGGAAGAAGCCCCUCCAUCCUCCAGGAACCAACCCAGACAGAGAAACCCACCACCACACUCCCCUCCAGAUCCUACCCAUAUCUCCUCUUCUUCUAGUAGAGGCCAUGUAAUCGCGCUCCAUCGCAACCCAAUGUCUACCCGUCGCAGCAGCGUCUCACCUCAGGAAAAUGGCCACGAGAUCCAGAUCUUGCAGCGGAAUCGAGCCAGCUCCAGAGUAAGCCAGCAAGUGACCCCAGGUAUGCCACAAGGGCACCAGCUCCCUUCCCAUCUGGCAAACAGCGCAACCUACAGGCAGAGACAGGAGGCCAUGAGGAACAGUCCACAAGCAGUGAGACGUGAGGCAGACGGGCAGGUGAACAGGCAGACACCACCUCAUUCCCAACUCCAGUCUGAGCGGAGGAGUGACAGGAAUCGGCAGCUCAGUGGGAACCAUGUUGAACCAGACACAGUUUAUCCAGACACUGAUGUGCAUUACACACAGGGAUCAGAGACGGUUCACUUGGAGGAGGCCCGUCUACGGCCCGUGCUGUCCAGUAACCGCGGCGGUCUGGUGACGGAGGGAGUGCUGGAAGUGAAGCAUGCCGGGAAGUGGCGUCAUGUGUGUAACUAUGGAUGGGACAUGAGCAGCAGUCGUGUCGUCUGUGGCAUGUUAGGGUUUCCUGCUGCAGAGGCAUUUGACCCAAUCACCUACAGGAAACAGUGGGAUUCCAAGUUAGCUGACCCAUCAUCCAGACUGAGGACACAGAUUACUAAAAAGGCCUACUGGGUGGAGAAAGUGCAGUGUCAGGGUACGGAGGUCUCCCUGUCGCAGUGCCAGUCUCAGCUGUCCCUCCCCAGGACUGACGUCCCAUGCAGUGGGGGCAUGCAUGUGGUGGUCCGCUGUACCCCAGGAUACCAGUUUGCGCGACAAGGGAGAGCACCUGCACCACCUGCAGUGCCGCUUGUCGUGCGCCUGAAGGCGGGGUCCCGUCUCGGGGAGGGCCGUGUCGAGGUGCUGCAGGAGGGCAAGUGGGGCACCGUGUGUGACCACCUGUGGGACGUGACUGCAGCCAGCGUGGUCUGCAGAGAGCUUGGCUUCGGGACAGCCAAAGAAGCCCUGACUAAGGCUCAACUGGGACAGGGUACCGGUCCUAUUCACAUGAACAGUGUACAGUGCACAGGCCGGGAGAGGUCGAUUACAGAGUGUACCUACAGACAGGUGCCACUUUACAGCUGCAAACAUAACCAGGAUGUUUCUGUUCGCUGCAAUGUACCCAACACUGGCAUACAGACUACGGUGCGUCUGGCAGGAGGCAGAGAGCCAUCAGAGGGACGUGUGGAGGUUCUGAUGGAAGUCGGGGGAGCGAAGCGCUGGGGCUCCGUCUGCAGUGAGAACUGGGGCAUCAAUGAAGCCAUGGUAGUCUGCCGGCAGCUCGGCUUGGGCUUUGCCUCGACAGCUCAUCAGGAAACCUGGUAUUGGCCUAGUUCUUUGGAUGCUACGGAGGUGGUUCUGAGUGGCACCCACUGUGCUGGCACUGAGAUGUCCAUCCAGCAAUGUCGCAGAAACACACACGUCUAUUGUCCCAGAGGAGGAGAUGGCAGAGCCGCAGGAGUGACGUGUGUAGAGGCUGCUCCUGACCUCGUCCUGGAUGCUCAGCUCGUCCAGGAGACGGCUUACCUGGAGGAUCGCCCACUCCACCUGCUGACCUGUGCUAACGAGGAGAACUGCCUGUCCUCUUCUGCUGCCAGGAUGAACUGGCCCUAUGGUCACCGCCGCCUGCUGCGCUUUUCCUCCCGGAUCAUGAACCUGGGCCGCGCCGACUUCCGACCCCGUGCCACCAGAGAGAGCUGGGUAUGGCACCAGUGCCACAGGCACUACCACAGCAUUGAGGUCUUCACCAACUAUGAUCUGCUCACACUCAACGGGACCAAGGUGGCUGAAGGUCACAAAGCCAGUUUCUGCCUGGAGGACACGUACUGCCCUGAAGGACUCCAUAAGCGGUAUGCCUGCUAUAACAUGGGACAGCAGGGUAUAUCAGUUGGCUGCUGGGACACCUACCGCCACGACAUUGACUGCCAGUGGGUCGACAUCACAGACGUGCGACCUGGUGAAUACAUCUUCCAGGUAGAGGUCAACCCCACCUUAGACAUGGCUGAGUCUGAUUUCCAAAACAACAUGAUGCGUUGUCGCUGCAAGUACGACGGAGCACGAGUUUACAUGUCUGGAUGCCACGCAGGUGACGCCUACAGUGCAGAGGUGGAGGACCUGUUUGACCACCAACGUCACCUUUCCAACAACUUCCUGUGAAACCAAGGGACACGCAGCUAUAAGGACAGAGCAACUGUACAACUCCUCACAACACCUCAACACGUCAGGAGAAGCAGGGUUAAUGACAAUGCCAGUAAACAGAAAGCCGAGGGAGGGAGGGAGGGAACGUGGGAUGGCAUGAACGGAACUUAAUGCUAAACUGACUAAUUAGGAUCCUGUGACCGAAGAGGGAGAAUUGUAGGAAGAGGCCGUCGCACGUGUCAUGCCACAGUGAUAAAAACAGAGAGUAUCCGUGUUCAAUUUUUUCAAAUUUUUUAAAAAACAAAUUAACAAAUUUAAUCCCUUUGAUCGAAACAUAACCACAGUUAACAAGGUAAUGACAUGAAGGCACAGGAGUGCGACUCAUGCUGUCACGCUACGUCACCACAUAAUAACAUCAAUAAUAACAUCAACACAGGUAACGGAAGAACUGCAUCAUUGCCUCCUGUGCUUUCAAUGCUCACAUUACAACAUGCAGUAUUGUGUGGCUUCUUGGUGUUUAAUGAGAUUUUUCUUCUUAUCAUUAUUUUUAAUAUUUUUUAACUUCAUGGUGCUAUUUUGCCUUUUACGAAUAAAUUUUGUAAUGUAUUGCAAAUGUAUUGUCAUGUACAGUUUUAUAUUACAUCUCUGGAAUAUUGUUCUUACAAGGUCUCUAAUUUAUGCAGAAUUUUAAUGUACUUUUGAGUUGAAAACUUGUCCCUGUGUGGCUGUGUUUUUUAUUGUUAAUUUUAUUAUGAUUAAUAUUUUCGUUAUGUCUGUGCUUCACUUGUUAAACACCGGUAAACGUCAGAUGAGAUUUGCUUGUACCACAGUAUUUGCGCCUUGAACAGGAUUUGCUAAUGGUAGACAAAGAAUAAACGUCAGAGUGACAAACUUUA